AAGCCAGAUAAUAUCCACCACCGUAUCGUACUGUACUGGGCUAGCGCUAUAUGCAUAUUAUAUACACGGUCGUAUUGUGUACAUGAAUUGCACUACAAUUACGUUUACGCGUGCUAUACCAGCGAUGUGUCGAUAUCUUUUGCCAGGAAUGGAAUAUAUCUCAGAGGAUUUUUAGGCCAAAUCGGCCAAUUUGAUGAACGGGAUUCAUCGAGGAAAAUAUGCAACACAGAACUACUUAUCAAUUAUCAUUAUUAUGGACAGUGACAUUCUUAAUGCCAAUUUUUGGCGAUGGAAAUACGAUUUCAGCAAGAUGUCAUUCGACGUGCCUUAGUGCACAUGUCACAUCCUCGGCCCUUCAUACGAACGGUACCGGUAGUUAUAGUUUAUUAGAAGAGUGUUCCAGUAAUAUCAAUUGUUCAUCAUGUAUAUAUCCUUGCAAAAAGUCUCAUAAAUCGUUGGAUACGUGCAAAGCAAAGUGCCAGACCCAAAUGGAAGCUGUAUCAGCUCCAGAUAUCUGCGUUGCGUCAUGUAAUUUUAUAAAGUUUAUUAAAAAUGCUAAGAUAGGUGUAUGCCCCUCUACGUUCGGUGGCUUUGCCGAGGCCUGCGUGAACGAGUGCGAAGACGAUCAGGGCUGCAACGGGGAGAAGAAGUGCUGCGAUAACGGCUGCGGUCGUACUUGCCAGGUUCCAAACAUCAGGAAAAAAGAUUAUCCCUCACGCGUGGAGAGGAGAUGGGCUACUAUAACAGAAAAUGAGGACGGUGACUCAGCAACGGUCAGGUGGAGAGCGGUGCCCAACCUGACCGACAGUGGGUUCGUGCUCUAUGCCGUACAGGCUAAAAACCUCUCGCAAACGAGAAGUCAGGUCUCGUGGUACGACGUUGGAGUGACGGAAGAAACCGAAAUCAGUGUGCCUCUUCAGGUCGGUCGCAACUAUGAAUUCAGGAUAGCCAGUGUCAAUGAGAAUGGGACGUUGGGCUACUUCAGACCAACGGCAGAGUUCUGCUUGUCCAGGGAGCCAGAAAGACCUAGUCCCCCGUUCAGCAUAGAAACUGGUCCUGUACAGGUCAUAAAUGAGAAGAUCCACAUGAACCUGCACUGGAGCCCACCUAGGUACAGUGACUUGCCCAUCUCUAGGUAUAGGGUGUUCUACAGUGAGAGGAGAGCCGUCACACCGUCCAUCAUAGCGGUCAAGGAGCAUCGUCUGGACGUACCUGGGAGUGAAACCACCUGUGUCUUGCCUGAUCUUCUGCCUGGUAUGAAGUACUACGUCCAGGUCAAAGCAAUUGCCAGAUAUCAUGACAAUCGUCUUAGCAGCGACAGAGAGUCUACCUACAUCUUUACACCAACACCCGCAUCUAACGAUGGCACAGGGGGAAAGUUAACACAGACCUACGUCCAUCCCGAGGUGACCGCCCCUUCAGGCAAGAUGCCCGGCCCUCCAGGCGACCUGACCCACGACCAGCCCUACUGGGACAACGGAACCCUCAAGGUCCGGCUCCGCUGGCAGAAGCCCAAGGGGUUUGAAGCGAUCAUCGAACGCUUCACCAUUCAUUGGGAGGCGACCGUCUGUUCUUCAGAGAGGGGGCAGCAGGAAGGAGAGGCAACCAGCCUUGGCUUUUUAAGCAAUGACAUUUAUACGCCCUAUCGUCAGAAAGCAGCGACCACACACGAAACAUCUUUCGAGCUCUAUGGUCUCUCCUUCGAUUGCACUUACGAGGUCUGGGUCAGGCCAGUCUACGAUCACGGCUGGGGACCAUUCGAUGCCACCAUUCAGAUCCUCACUCCUCCCUGUACAGAAGUGGUCUAUAGAGGGCCAAGGCCGACAUGUCCCACACCAAUUCCUGACAUCCCUAGCGCCCCUAUCAACAUGAGCUACUCCUACGUCAUCGGGGAGACGGUCAGCGCCAACUUCACAUGGGCCCCUCCGACAAGGUCCCAGUACCCUCUAAGUGGCUACAGGAUCUACUGGGCUCAGGUCAAGCCAUCGUCCGGCCUUCCCGAAGCCGCGCUGCCCACCAUCGAGAGAGAGGAGUUCACUUCCACGCUUCUCAGAGAGACUCGAAGAUGGUAUGUGAUCAGAAACCUGACGGCGGGUGCGAGAUACGUCGUCAAACUCCAGGCGCUGUCCAGUAUUGGGGGAGGCGCUAACGUGGCCGUCGAUAUCCAGACGCCAGACAUUAAAAUUCAAGUCAAUCCAGUAUUACCGAGCGAGAAGGCACAAACGCCGGACUCCAACUUAAAUCAAGAGCCUGUCAGCCCGCAAGAAAACUGUGCAGCUGAGAGACUGGUGGGCUCCUUUCUCUUCUUGACUAUUCUCUCGAUACUUUGCACAUGUCAUGUCAUUCAGAGGUGAUACUAUCCUGAGAAGGGAUCACCACUCAAGCAUUAUUAUUGGAUUAUUUGUUGUUGUUGUCAUAUGAUACAAGUGUUGCCUUUUUGUUUGUAGCACUACUGAAAUGUUUAAACAGUAUUUAUUUUAUCUGAUCGAAAAGAUCAUCUUUUCUGUGUAAAAAGGAAAUUUUUCACUGUAUAGCUAUCUUUUAUUUAAUUUGUAUUAUUCGUAUACAAUGCAUACAUGUACUUAUAAACUUUUUGCAGAAAAAUAUUUGAUAUGAAAAAAAGAGAGAAAUAUUAUGAAGAACAAAGAUAUUCCAGAUUGGGAGAAAAAGUACAAAAUUAUAUUUCUCGUAAUUUGUUUUAUAAGUUGGCUGAAAAGACAAAUUCAAGAAUCUUGAUUUUUCUCUCCGAAUUCGUUUUCUAAAACAUGCUUGAUCGUUGUUUAUUUGCGGACAUUCAGGAAUUUAGCAUACUCAUCAACAGAAAUCAAAGAUGAAGUCCUUUCCACACCUUUUACACAUGACAAUUCAAAUAAAUAUCCGGGGAACAUCGUUGACUAUGGUAAAAAGAAAGGAUAUAUUUCUCUCAAAUGUCAGGCUUUGUGCUGGCAGCAUGACAAUCGUUAUAUUUGUGUUAUUUAAUUAUAUUGUGUAUGUUACCACCCUGUGUAAUCCGUUAAGAAGUAUUCAUUUGUACAAUGAUUUGAUACCCGUAUAUAUGCUUGCAAAGUCACUGCCAUUGUUAUUUACUCCAAUCAAAGACAUAUAAUGUCUUUAUUUUUCGAGUAUUGAUUGUGAUGUAUGUACGCAUUUUUUUUAAAUUGUCACCGAUUUUGGAAGUAAUCUCAAAACUUUGACUGGAGGCAGGAUCUAUGUCAUGCCUCCUCUCUCUCUCUCUCUCUCUCUCUCUCUCUCGCUCUAUCUCGCUAUCUUUCUCUCUCUCUCUUUCUCUCUUU